CGGCGAAGGUACCGCCUGGGCUAGCUCGCGAGGGCCGGGUCGAGCCGCCGCUCCGCCUCCCCCGCUGCGCUCCGCCGGCCCGACGCGCUGGAGAAGUUGAGCAGCGCCGGGGCCCGCCCUGUAGGCUGACAGUCGUCAAAGUUUAGCCGGAAGAAGAAGUGGCCUCAGCCCCGGCAGGUGGCGGUCAGGCCUGAACCCCGGCGCUCGCGGCCUGCAGGCUGGCUGUGUAGGCGAGGGGCGCCCCAGCACGGGGCCCCGCGCCGAAUCUCGCGCCUUCGGAAGCCGGCCCGGGGAGAGACAGCGCGGCGGCCGCCAAGGAAAACAACUCUGAAGUUGGCAACAGGCACCGCCCCUGCUCCCUGGCCGCCGCCGCCGCCUCCCCGCCCCCAGCCCCCAGCCCUGGCACGCAGAGCACCGGUAGAGGAGCCCGGGCCAUAGGGCCCCCUCGGGGAGGCGGCACCGGGUGGCCCGGACGCCCAGAGCAGCGCCGCCUCCCCACCAGCUAGACGGCCGAAGCUCCGGGACGCUCCCUGCACCUCCCGACGGCCCAGGAUGCUGCCGGCCAGCCUCAUCUUCCUCCUUCUGGGGGGCGCUCUGGCCCAUCUAAACCGGAUCAUUUUCCCAAAUCGUGCCUGUGAGGACCCCCCAGCAGUGCUCUUGGAAGUGCAGGGCACCUUACAGAGGCCCCUGGGCCGGGACAGCCGCAGUUCCCCUGUCAGCUGCACCUGGCUCAUUCUGGGCAGCAAGGAACAAACUGUAACAGUCAGGUUCCAGAGGCUUCACCUGGCCUGUGGUUCAGAGCGCCUAAUCCUGCAUUCCCCUCUCCAGCCACUCAUCUCCCUGUGCGAGGCACCUGCCAGCCCCCUGCAGCUGCCCGGGGGCAACGUCACCAUCACUUACAGCUAUGCCGGGGGCAGAGCACCCAUGGGCCAGGGCUUCCUGCUCACCUACAGCCAAGAUUGGCUGAUGUGCCUGCAGGAAGAGUUCCAGUGCCUAAACCACCGCUGUGUGCCCUGGGCCCAGCGCUGCGAUGGGGUCGAUGCAUGUGGGGAUGGCUCCGAUGAGGCAGGCUGCCGCUCAGAACCCUUCCUUGGCCUGACCCCAGCCCCUAUCCCCACUCUGCCCUGCAAUUGCACUUUGGAGGAUUUCUAUGGGGUCUUUUCCUCCCCUGGAUAUUCACACCUGGCCUCAGCCUCCCACCCCCAGUCCUGCCUCUGGCUUCUGGACCCUCAUGAUGGCCGGCGACUGGCAGUGCACUUCACAGCCCUGGAUCUGGGCUAUGGGGAUGCAGUGCAUGUAUAUGAUGGUGCUGGUCCCCCUGAAACCCCCCGGCUGUUGCGCAGCCUCACCUACUUCAGCAAUGGCAAGGCUGUCACUGUGGAGACGCUGUCUGGCCAGGCUGUUGUGGCCUACCACACAGUCGCUUGGAGCAGUGGUCGGGGGUUCAAUGCCACGUACCACGUGCGGGGCUACUGCUUGCCUUGGGACCGACCCUGCGGCUCAGGCUCCAGUCUGGGGGGCAGUGAGGGCCCAGGUGAGCGCUGCUACAGCGAAGCGCAGCGCUGUGAUGGCUCAUGGGACUGUGCUGAUGGCACAGACGAGGAGAACUGCCCCGGCUGCCCACUUGGACAUUAUCCCUGCGGGGCUGCUGGCACCCCUGGUGCCACAGCCUGCUACCUGCCUGCUGACCGCUGCAACUACCAGACCUUCUGUGCAGAUGGAGCAGAUGAGAGACGCUGCCGACACUGCCAGCCUGGCAAUUUCCGAUGCCGGGAUGAGAAGUGUGUGUAUGAGACGUGGGUGUGCGAUGGACAGCCAGACUGUGCCGACGGCAGUGAUGAGUGGGACUGCUCCUAUGCCCUGCCCCGCAAGGUCAUCACAGCCGCCGUCAUUGGCAGCCUGGUGUGUGGCCUCCUGCUGGUCAUCGCCCUGGGCUGCACCUGCAAGCUCUAUGCCAUACGUACCCAGGAGUACAGCAUCUUUGCUCCCCUCUCCCGGAUGGAGGCCGAGAUUGUGCAACAGCAGGCACCCCCCUCCUAUGGACAGCUCAUUGCCCAGGGUGCCAUUCCACCUGUAGAGGACUUCCCUACAGAGAACCCAAAUGAUAACUCAGUACUGGGCAACCUGCGUUCGCUGCUACAGAUCUUACGCCAAGAUAUGACUCCAGGGGGUAAUCCAGGCACCCGCCGCCGCCAGCGGGGCCGCUCAGUGCGCCGCUUGGUACGCCGUCUCCGCCGCUGGGGCUUGCUUCCUCGAACCAACCCCCAAGCCCGGGCCCCUGAGACCAGAUCCCAGGUCACUCCUUCUUCUCCUCCCCUUGAGGCCCUGGAUGGUAGCACAGGUCCAGCCCGGGAGGGUGGGGCGGUAGGUGGGCAGGAUGGGGAGGAGGCACCUCCACUGCCCGUCAAGUCCCCCCUUUCAUCUGCCAGCACGUCCCCAGCCCUCCCUGCUCUCCCCGAGGCCUCAGGGUCCCUGCCCUCAGUACCCCUAGAGCCAUCACUGCUGUCUGGAGUGGUGCAGGCCUUGCGGGGCCGCCUCCUGCCUGGCCUGCGGCCCCCAGGGCCAUCCUGGACCCCACCUGGACCCCACACUGCAGUCCUGUCCCCAGAGGAUGAGGACGACGUGCUUCUGCUGCCACUGUCAGAGCCGGAGGUCUGGGUGGUUGAGGCGGAGGAUGAGCCACUGCUUGCCUGAGGAGACCUGGCUCUCCUGGGGGUUCUGGUCACAAGGGCAACAACCCUUUAGAGGGCAGCUCAGCUUCCUCCUCCACCACUUCCCUCCCUGUGCCUCAGUCUAAGAGGUCUUGUGGGCCUCCCACUGUCCCUGUGUAGCUCAUGCAGGGAGAGGCCACAUGCAGAGUCCCCUCUGCACACAGUCCAGAGACCACAGUCCCUCAACCACCACCCUCAUCCCACACUACCACCAUGCAGGUGGCCGUUUUUAAAAAGUAAAGUUCUUAAAGGGUCAUAGACCUGGACACUCCAUCUUUGCCAAACCCCACCCAAAAGUGGCCUUAAGCACCAGGAUGCCAAUUGGCUGGAGACCCUCCAGCCCCCAAGGGAAGGAUCUAGGCAGGACCUGAGGUUUUGCCAGCCUCAACCAUCCUAUAGGGCCUGGCUCAUAGAAAGAGCACAACAAAUGCUUUUGUCCCACUACUGGGUCGUUCCCCGGGAAAUCAAGGUCGAAAAUAAAGGAAACAUAAAUUUUAAAAUUUUGCAAAUUA